CAAAAAUGUACUUUCGAUUUACGUGUGUUUGCAAAUGGCGGAUUUUGAUGCGGGAGUAGAUUAAACGAAGGAUGUAGAAGGUAAACCCGAAGAUGAAACGUUCUACACAUAGUCAAGAUAAUCCUGUUAAAGACUUGGAAUGGAUAACAAGGAAAAUAUGAAAGAUGAUGGUGCAGAAGACGCGUUGUUACAGGCCAAAAGCAAAAAAGGUACAGUGUCAUCAAAGGGCGGUCAAAAUGCAAAUGAAUUUGGUGAGAACACUGCUGGUUUAACACAAGCAAAAGCCGAAGAGCAUGAUAAAAAUCAAAAAAGAGGUGAGCAAAGUAAUAUAGAGGAAGGACAGCCAAACGGCCAAGGUGAAGCAGUCGUAUUACCUUCAACAACUGCUGACAGUGAUAUAAAGGAAUCGGAUCCGAGUAAAAGCAACAACAGCACGAUUGCAACAAAGAACAGUCAGGAUAAUGAUGGGAAAAGUGCUGAGACAAGUAUUAAUGAAGGAGAUUUUGAAGAAGAACAACAUACAAAUGGUCAACGCAAAUCCGUCAACUCAGCUGGACAAAAAUAUUCAACCUCACCUAAUAGUGACAAAGACAGUACACCAAAUCUAUCGGAACCGACCAAUGGCAACAACAGCACUAAGAUGGACACAGACGGUGCCAAGAGUGGAUCGAAAACAGUAUGGGGACUACGAUUGGACCUCUUAUUGCUGACAAUUGGCGAUGUUAUUGCUGCGGUUAUAUUGAGGCUUCCGCUCGGCGCACAACAAGUGGCGAUAGAAAAUCCAGCUAUUCAAAAACAAUUGAGGGACCUUGAAAACCAAUUUAACAGACAAUUUAAUAAAGUUAAAAGCAAAAUGGAAGAUCUGAAAUCUGAGGUCGAAGCAAUCAACGAGGAAAUGAAAAAGGCGAACAAUACGGUUUUAGAAGUAAGAGAAAGUUCUAAAACUGCGGAAGAAAAGGUUGAUCAAACAAAUGCAAAUCUGAAAAUCGUACACCAACAUCUGUUUAACAAGGAUGCCUUGACAGCUGCCAUCUUAAUUUUAUUCUUUUUGAUAAUUUGACUCAUGCUUUACGUUUUGAAAUUAAAGUCUUCGGUAGAACCAGCUUUAGCUGGUGGAUCAUCAUCUCG